AUGAAGGAAUACCUUGAACUACUAACUCAUAUAACUGUAAAGAACAAUGAGAGACAUCAAAAAUGCCUAAACGGAACAUCCGGCGUACACCCGAUGAAUAGCAAGAAUUGCAACGAGUCAGACGAUCGUGUUGGUACCAAUGAUGAAUUUCACAACAAUAUAAUGCAGACACCAAUUAGACCAGGUCGAUUCACCCGUCCCACUAUUCGUGACAUAUCGUGUGAAGGGAUUAAGAAACACUAUAUAGGAAAGAUGACCAUUUCAUGUACACAUUGUAAUGCGAUCCACUUCGAAGUUGAAAGGGUAGCACAGAAAAACGACUCUUUCAAUGACUGUUGUAGUCAUGGAGAGGUCGCUCUCAAUCCUUUACCCGAGCCUCCCGAACUGUUAUCGGACUUAUUUAAUGGGAAUCACGAACAAUCCAAACAGUUCCUCGAACACGAUCUGGACCAAAACGACAGCCCGUCUCAUGGUCAACUAUUCAUUGUUGAUCAAAAUGAAUCCACUGAUAUACGUUGCCAACAAAUCUCCACAUUGGAUACAGACAUAGUUUCCUAUCGAAUGAUGCAUGAAGAAGUACAAUCAGCAAUGGAGAAUAAUCACAUGGAAAGAGAGCCAGAAAUGCAACUUUUGUUUUCAUUGAAACAUGGUAUGGACCCAAGACGUUAUAAUUCACAAAGAAUUAACGAGGUGGCUGCUGUUUUCAAAACGACUGCUGAUGGAGAUAUUCCAGAAUCUUAUGUCUCCAUCCGUAAUAGACAUACCAAAACUUUACAAUUCAUUAAUUCUCUUGAUCCAAAUGUGCAACCUUGGAUUUACCCGCUACUUUAUCCAUACGGAACUCAAGGAUGGUCUCCAAAUAUUCCAUGCGUGAAGAGAGCUCGACGUGUUUCGAGAACCGAAGCGAAUCAUAAAACCUUACGCGCGGAUACCUACCAAGGAUUGCUCGAUCAUUUGCAACGAUCAGCAAAUGAAAGACAAACUACGUUGGGUAAAGUCAUAAUUCUUCCCUCAUCAUUCACAGGAUCUCCGCGAAACAUGCUUCAACAUUAUCAACAUGCCAUGGCAAUUGUGCGACAAUAUGGAAAACCUGACCUGUUCAUUACUACUACAUGCAAUCCCAAUUGGUUGGAAAUCCAAGAAAAUUUGCUACCAGGUCAAACUGCGUCUGAUAGACCAGACAUAGUUUCACGCGUUUUCCACUUGAAAAAAGAACAGCUGAUGGAAGUUAUCUUGAAAGAGAAGUUAUUUGGUGAUGUGAUUGCACAUGUUAAUGUCACUGAAUAUCAAAAACGGGGCUUGCCUCAUGUUCAUCUACUUUUGACACUAAAGGAAAAUUGUAAAAUUACCACUCCUGACGUUAUUGAUAAAUACAUUUCAGCGGAAAUCCCAGAUCCUGAGGGAGAUACCAUUCUUCAUGAUGCAGUUAUGAAGCAGAUGAUACAUGGUCCAUGUGGAAAUUGGUACGGAUAUCCUGCCUAUCAAAGACGGAAUACCGGUAGUUACGAUCGUGCCAAUGGUAGUUCAACUAAUAACCAGUAUGUCGUACCUUAUAAUUCAAAAUUAUUGAAAUUAUUUGGUUGUCAUAUCAACGUUGAGGUAGUGACGAGCAUCAAAUCGGUUAAAUACCUCUACAAGUAUAUAUACAAAGGGCAUGAUGCAGCAUGUAUUACCAUACGUGACCCAGAGACUAAUGAAAAGCUAAUUGCGCACGAUGAAAUCAAGAAUUUCGUUGAUGCUCGAUAUAAUCAACAAAACGUGAUCAUCAAUGAUGAUGCAGACGAGAAUGAUAUGAGAUCAGCACUACAUCGAACGAACAUGCUUCUCGAUUAUUUCGCUUUGAAUGAACACGAUUCCAAUGCUCUCCAAUUCACAUAUUUUGAAAUUCCAUCACAUUAUGUGUUCAAAAAGCAAAGUGAUUCCAAUGUAUCGAAAUGGAUGAAACGCCAAUCGCAUUUCAAUGUCAUCGGACGAAUGUAUAGUAUAAAUGUUAAAGGAGCAACAAGCUAUGAAAGUCUCAGAACAGUUCAUGGUCAAACAUAUCCUACGUUUCAAGAUACUUGCCUUGCAUUGGGUCUCAUCGAGGAUGAUGCAGAGUGGGAACGGGCAUUGCCAGAAGGAGAGGUAUGGAUGAUGCCUAGACAGCUACGUAAUUUAUUCGUACGAUUUUUGAUAUAUUGUCAGCCUAAUAACCCCAGAGAACUCUGGCAAAAGUUUAAGGAUGCAAUGGCUCAAGAUCUUCAAAGGCAAUUGAGCGUGCCAGAAGCUGAGAGACGGAUUUACGUUGAAGUGAAUCAUCUUUUAUCUGUCGAAGGAUCAGGUAUCAGUCGAUUUCCCACAAUGCGACAAAUGACGGACUUGGAGAAUAAUAUUGAUGUUUUCAUCGAAAAUGAAAUUUCACUUGAAGAGCAUAGAGAUAUUGGUCAAAAUCGAUCUGGAAAAUGGAAUUCGAAACAGAAAGACAUGGUGGAUAAUGUAUUGAAUGCUGUCGAAACAACAGGAUCACCGACUAAAUAUUUCUACAUAGAUGGACCUAGGGGAUCCGGAAAACCAUUUGCCUAUACUACUCUUUAUCAUUUAUUAAGAACUCAAGAAAAAAAAGUACACACGAUGGCGUUUAUAGGUAUUGCCGCAAUUUUACUUCCACGAGGAAAAACAGUUCACCAAUCAUUCGGAAUGCCCGUUCCCAUUUUCAAUGACUCUGUGUCGAAUUUCAGAAGUCAAUCAAGUAAAGCUCAGUAUUUACGCGAAGUUGAUGUUUUUAUCUGGGAUGAAGCUAAAAUGGCACCAAGAUAUGCUCUGGAAUUAGUUGACCGUUCUCUACGUGACUUUAUGAAAAAUGAUUUGCCUUUUGGCGGCAAGAUCAUGAUUCUCGGUGGAGAUUUCCGCCAGUUACUUCCAGUUAAACCGCAUGCAACUCGUAGUAAACUGGUGAAUUUGUCCAUUAAAUUUAGUUUACUGUGGAAACAAUUUACAAUAUUUUCUUUAACAGAAAAUAUGCGAGCUUUAUCCCACGAGAUCGAAUUGGCGAAAUGUCUUUUGUCGGUCGGUGACGGCAAUUUAAAUGAUGACAACAAUAAUCUAAUUGCUCCAGAACAGUGUGUUGCUCAAACAUCUGCUGAUAUAAUUCACAUUUUCACGAAUAUUAUUAAUGAACCUAGAUAUGGAGAUUUCGCCAAAGUGGCAAUUUUGUCAGCACGAGAUAUAGACGUUGAUGAAAUUAAUGAUCGCGUUAUCGAUCUACUUGACAGGAAAACGCAGAAAAUAUAUACAGGUAUCGACAGUGUAGAGAAUUGUGAUAAUGGAGAUAUCAGUCAUGAUAUUUUACCAGAAUAUCUCCAUACUCUGAGUCCUCCAAAUUUUCCACCAUAUGAAUUGAAAUUGAGAAUCAAUUGUGUCGUAAUGUUGAUACGUAACAUGAGUGUCAAUGAAGGACUUUGCAAUGGAACAAGAUUACACGUACUGGAACUUGCGAACAAUCCCCUACGUUGUCAGAUUCUAACAGGUGAUAAAGCGGGAGAGAUCGUUUUCAUACAUCGUGUAACUCUAUAUUGUGAGAAUAUCUAUCCGUUCAUCUUCAAAAGACGUCAAUUCCCAUUGAGACCUGCUUUUGCGAUGACAAUUAACAAAAGUCAAGGGCAAACUUUCAAGAACAUACAUAUCGACCUCAGAAAAGAUGUGUUCAACCACGGUCAAUUAUACGUAGCAUUUUCACGUGUUUGA